CCGGAAACUGGUCAUUCAUCAACUUCCGGUGUCACGGGGUACCUGGGAGACGGAGCAAAAAAAAAAAGCGGGCAUACCGAAAAUCUUUAUUGUGUUCGUUUGGCUUAAAACAUUUCGGAAGCACACACAUUUGACUUAUUAAGUCAGACAAACAGCGCCCCGAGGGCAAGCGACCGUCUGCGGGCUGCGCUCCGCUGCGGAAACGGCGUCAUUCAUUCGGCUUAGCUUAGCUUAGCUUAGCUUAGCAUAGCAGGCCUAUUCUUCUGGACUUUGCUACAUGCUAGUUAGCAUGCGAACACGUUUCCCUCUCUCAAUGAUUGUGUCUGUUUCUCCGCUCACGUGUGUGCUGGUUAACAAUUCCUGGUAGGUUUUUUUUGUAUCGUCACGUCGGAGUGAAGUUAACUCGAGCCGCAGCAGCCAGGCGUUUGUCUUUGUUCUUGUUUUGUUUUUGUUUUUUCUUCCCCUGAAAGUGUUGAUCACUUUGUCGCCGCCAACUGAACAACGCAGCCGCCGCUGUCCGCGUAGUUAGCCAAACCAAACCACCACAGAGAUGUCGGACUUCGACGAAUUUGAAAGACAGCUCUCUGAAAACAAACAAGCUGAGAGAGACAAGGAGAACCGCCACCACCGCCGGUCCUCCUCCCGUAGCCGCAGCAGAGAGAGGAAAAGGAGGAGCAGAGACAGGGACAGACGCAGCAGGGACCGCCGCGGGGACAGUAAGGAGCGCAGACACAGACGCAGUGCUAAUGUAGAACAAGUUACUGGUGGUCAUUCAAUCUCACCAUCCAGCUACCCCCAGGACAAUGCUGGAAGCCGUUCCCCACACCGCGAGAAGAAGAAGAAGGUGAAGAAGUACUGGGAUGUCCCUCCACCUGGUUUUGAACACAUCACUCCCAUGCAGUACAAAGCCAUGCAAGCUGCGGGACAGAUCCCAGCCACAGCCCUCUUGCCGACCAUGACUCCAGAUGGCCUGGCUGUUACUCCCACCCCUGUACCUGUCGUGGGCAGCCAGAUGACCCGGCAGGCCCGUCGACUCUAUGUGGGCAACAUCCCAUUCGGUAUCACAGAAGAGUCUAUGAUGGACUUCUUCAAUGCCCAGAUGCGUUUGGGUGGUCUUACUCAGGCCCCUGGAAACCCUGUUCUUGCAGUACAGAUCAACCAGGAUAAGAAUUUUGCCUUCCUUGAGUUCCGUUCAGUGGACGAAACGACACAGGCUAUGGCCUUUGAUGGCAUCAUCUUUCAAGGCCAGAGUCUCAAGAUUCGUCGUCCCCACGAUUACCAGCCCCUACCUGGCAUGAGCGAGAAUCCCAGUGUCUAUGUGCCUGGUACACAGCCAAUUAAUGGUGUGGUGUCCACAGUGGUGCCCGACUCGGCUCACAAGCUCUUCAUCGGCGGCUUGCCCAACUAUCUGAAUGAUGACCAGGUGAAGGAGCUGCUGACGUCAUUCGGCCCCCUGAAGGCCUUCAACCUGGUGAAGGACAGUGCCACAGGCUUAUCUAAAGGCUACGCCUUUUGUGAAUAUGUUGACGUCAACCUCAACGAUCAGGCUAUCGCUGGGCUGAACGGCAUGCAGCUGGGAGACAAGAAGCUCCUGGUGCAGAGAGCCAGUGUGGGAUCCAAGAACGCCACUCUGACAAGUAUAAACCAGACCCCAGUGACGCUGCAGGUCCCAGGUCUGAACAGCUCAGUGACUCAGAUGGGUGGCCUGCCUACCGAGGUGCUGUGUCUGAUGAACAUGGUGGCCCCAGAGGAGCUGCUGGAUGAUGAAGAAUAUGAGGAGAUCGUGGAGGAUGUCAGGGAGGAGUGCAGCAAGUACGGCCAAGUUAAGAGCAUUGAGAUACCUCGACCUGUGGACGGCCUGGAGGUGCCUGGGACCGGAAAGAUCUUUGUGGAGUUCAUGUCAGUUUUCGACUCCCAGAAGGCCAUGCAGGGGCUGACAGGAAGGAAGUUUGCCAACAGGGUGGUGGUGACCAAAUACUGCGAUCCAGAUGCUUAUCACCGCCGGGACUUCUGGUAGAGGAGGCAUGAAGAGAAGAGGGAACGGGGAGAGGGAGGGAGGGAGGGUGGGAAUGUGUGCUACCCAUUUCUAAAUCAGCCCCCCACUUGAUUAGAAACAUUUCAGGUAAAUCUGGGAGUAUUAAUCAUUUGACAAACAGCCGUGUUAAUAUCAAACUUGUCACUUGAGAUCUGUGUGAAGUGUCCAGCAGUUAAAAAACAAAAAAGAUAUUUGGGAUUGGAAACGGAGACGAACAGGGAGGGUUUAUAUUCAGUCCAUGACACGGGGCGGGGGGCUAGAUUUGGGUGUUGUGGGUGUAGCUGGGUGG